GAUCUUACUAGAGUACCUCUUUAUGAUUUCAUUGAUAGACGUAUAGACCAAGCUCAGCAUUGUGGAUACCAUCGGUGAAGUAUUGCUUUUCUCGUUGUGAUUGUAAUAUACCGGGGUUCGAUGGAGGAUGGCUCAAAAUUAAUGAGAUUGGUAUAAUCUAACGUAUAUGAAAUGCAACAUCCCCGGCAACAUCUUUGAAAUGAGUGGAUUGAAAUCAGCUCUACAAUCUCAUGUUGUCAGAGCAAUAAGGUGUCGUCUUCUUCAGCUCAAAUCCUUCUAUAUGAUGGAAGACGUCUAAGAAGUGACAUGACUCAAUGACAUUUCCUUCAAUAAUUUUAAUCACUGCCCAGGAAUUAGCAUGUUGGGGAAAUUAUUUUAACAUGAUUACAUCUUAUUCAUGAUGUCUCGUUUACAAACCACGGAUGCAAGGCACGAUAAAUUUCGAAAGAAAGGGCUUGAUUUUGAUAAACUAUGCAUUGAUGACACUAUUGACGAAGGCUACUCAUCCGGGAACCCUCCACCAUUUACAACUCAAUAUCCAAAGUUAGAUGUCAGUUCAGAUGCAGCACCAUCGAAGAUGAGUAAAAAGAAAGUUAUAAACAAUUGGACACCUAAAACGGAGAAUCAAAAUACUGAUUCUCAAGUGAUAGAAGGAAACCAUUCGAGUGCGACAGAAGAAACUGUUACCCGGCCAAAAAUGCUCCCUAGGACUGAAAGUCGGACUUUUGUGUUUAUCUACGACGAAGAAGAGAAAAAAAGCAAGGCUGUUGCAGCUCCAGAUAACCUGAAGGUAGAUGUUCCUGUUUUGUUACAGUAUAAUCUAACAGAGGAAGCCAUUGAAAAGUGCCUUGAAAAACCACAAUUAGGGGAGAGCCCAACAGAAGAAAGUAUUGAUGAGACGGAUAACAACAGCAAUAUUCCUGCGGUUACAUCAGACAACAAGGUCUUUGCUUUGGGAGGGAAAUACACUUCACCUACAGAAAGUCUAUUAAGAAAUAGAGAGAGGGAUGAACUGAAGAACAAGGGUAUGCAUGUGGUUAAGUGGUUAGUGAAUCUAGAUCAUACUAAUGAAAAACCACUUACAGACUCAUGAAAUCAGAUCACAUGAUGAACUUGACUUAGUUCCCAUCUUCUUUCUUCAAAGCUUCCUAAUUGUGUUUGUUUUGUCGAGUGUUGUGCUAUAUAUCGAAUCUGUCGUUACCCCGUGUUUAAGGUGUAAAGCCCACCACCCCCCCCCCCCGAAAAGCCCUUUAUUGCUUUCUAUGUUACUCGCUAUAGACGUCUUUGCUCUACGGAAAUAUGAAAACUUGCAAAUAAAGUUUGUCUAUAUAGAGUCCAGGACCGGGGUCCAGGACGACACUGCUGUUUGAGUUUACCGAUUUUCGACAAAGUCUCCCUUGUCAUGAAGGGCUUUUGACAAUAUUGUCAAACUUCAAAAAUGACUGUUGCGAAAACUCUCUUGUGACUCCCCGGCUCUCAACAAUUAUUGUGUGUAAUAUGUAAUGUAUAAUGACACGAUUUAUAUGUUAAAGUUCUUUAUAUAGCUAUUCGUUCCCGCACAGUUCCAUGUUACUCUUGAAAUGACAACUCCGGUGAGGAAAUCAGAGGGAGAAGAAAAAAAAGACUAAUGAGAGCAAAAUAAAUGAAAAGAGAUACGAUUAUCAAAGCCCCAGUAACUUUUUAAUUGUUCACAUGUUUUUGAAUUGUGACAAAGAGGACGAUAUUCAUGUAAAGUAGUCAUGUUUUCCGAUGUUACACAAUAUGCUACAUGUAUACGAGUUGUAGGCUUACCUUGUUAUUGGACAAGCUGACUUCAAAGAGAUAAGCAAAACAGGCAUUAGGAAAAGAAAAUCAUAAAAUCGGAUGUGAAAUAAGAAAUUUAUGAUACUAUUUUAUUACUAGAAAUUUUGAUCAAUAACCCAUAGGUAUGCACAUUACGGAUUUUAUAGUAAUGUGAUAGUUGAUGAUGACACAUCACACUCUAUAUGUUGUAUGUUUCAUCCUUUUGAAUUAUCAAAAAAAAUAUAAUGAAUGAUAUAAAACUUUAUUUGAAUUAAUUAUCUAUCAUGUCUAUUCAUCUACUGCUGUACAAUAUUAUGAUUUACAGGAAAGACAUUCAUUGUCGUAAAAAAAUCUUUAAAAAAUGAAUAUUUGAUAUAGUGAAAACAUCAUCGGAUAUACCGGCCAUUUGUGAAAAUAAACAAUAGACCUACUGGAAAAUGUAUGUAUAGAGAAAGAAAAUAAUGAAGAAAAAUAAAGAUUCAACUGAUUACUCUCCAUUGGAUAAGUUCGACUAUAUACAAUUUAUAAUUCUCAAGUUAAUACUGAUUUUUAGUUUGUGUGUGGUACUGUGCUGCCAUAUGGCUAAAUUGUGUAGGGUUAAGAACAUUAAAUGAAAUUCUGAUGUCCUGA